UUUUUUUUUUUCUAUUAAUUUUCCGUUAUCAAAAAAAUCGUUUUUUCAAAAAAAAAAACCAAUCAACAUCAACAUGUCAUCACAGCAAGAAACACAGCUAAUUAAAUUGCUAAAUGAUGCAAAAAAAAUGAUGAAUGAAACAAAAUUUGAAACCUGUACCCAAUGGAUUGAUCGUGAAAUUGUACGAACAAAAAAACAAAAAGAACAAAUUGAACGAUUACAGAAUCAUCCAUCGAUUACUGCACGGCUAUUCAAUGAAUCAAGAGAUGUUUGUGAUCAAAUCCAUUUGUAUAUUGAACGUUUACGAGAUUUUCGUUCCAAUAUGAGCCGUUAUGGUCGUCAGAUUACCGUUGAAACUACUGAUGAUCUUAAACGUACUGGAAUGUUAAACAAUGCAUCCAUUGAAAUGGAAUGGAAAAGUCCAUUUUAAACAGAACGAAAAAAAAACAAUCGAAUAUAUAUCGCUUACAGUAACCAAGAAAAAAAAAAAAAACAUCCGAUAAUGAAACAAUCCAUUUGUCUGUCAUUUUCUUUACAUCGUGUUUUUUUU